AUGACCAAUCCAUCAAUCGUCAUCGUGCCAGGUGCAUGGCACCGACCUGCACACUUCCAGGGCCUUGUUGAUGAGCUCGCAAAGGUCAACUACGAUGCAGAGGCUGUAGACUUGCCUGCCGUUGACUCCAGUCCACCACUUAUCAGCUGGGAUCAGGACGCGCAGGCUGUCCGCGAAGUGAUUAUGAAGAAACUGGAUGCCGGAAAGGACGUUAUCGUGCUCGCACAUUCAUUUGGCGGCGUCGCCAUGUCCGAGGGAGCCAAGGGUCUAGGAAAGAAAGAACGAGAUGCACAGGGUUUGAAAGGAGGAAUUAUCAAGCUGGUCUACAUGUGUGCAAUGGCAUUGCCAGAAGGCCAGACCCACAUCGGCCAGUUGGUCCCACAGACUCACGAGGAAGAAGAGGUCGAGCGUCAGCGCAAGGAGCUGGAAGCACAGUUUGGUGAACUGGAUAUGACAGCGGAUGGAGCAAUCGCCCUUCCGAAGGACCGUAUCCACCUCGUGUUCUAUAACCGCUGUGACCCGAAGGACAUCGAGAAGGCAGUGGAGUUGCUGGGCACAUUUCCCCCAGGCCCGCUUCUCGUCCCUGCCACAUAUACUGCGUACCGUGAAAUCCCAAGCACAUACAUUGUAUGCAAGAACGACCUGGCAUUGCGGGAGCCGUUCCAGCGGAGAAUGAUAGCGCAAGGGGAGGGCUGUUUUGAGGUGGAGGAAUGCGAGGAGGGCCACUCCCCAUUCAUGAGCAACCCGGGCUUUAUCGUCGAUUGUAUUCGGAGGGCAGCCGGAGAGACGCGAUGA